AUGCAUAUUGAUUUACGAAUAUGCUGUCUCCCUCUUUCUCAUCUCCGCACUUUCACGCAUGCCCAGGUGGAGCCUGACGUCCAACAUACAGAGGUGACCGUAUCCGAGACAACCAAAACGGUGGCCAAAUUGAAUGAGCAUGAAAUCGAGGAGAUUGUAAGUCAGUUGGAACAACCCCAGGCGAUUCCAGUGCCGAAGAGUACCGUGCGUCGUGUGAGCAGUACACCAAAUAUUCAGCUGCCUAAUUCGGAGGUGUUCGGAAUCCCAGCGAAACCAGGAAGUGCUCGAUCGGAAAAGUCAACCUUGACCGGGUUGGACGACGCGGAACUGUUCGAGGAAUGCGCGGAAGACGACGAGCUUGGUCAAUAUGACAACGAUGGGACGGGAUUCACCAAUAGCACUACCGUAGCAGAUAGCACUCUGAUCUCUGGCAGUCGAGGGAAUGUGGCAGCUAGCACCGAUUCGAUCGCGGAUAUGGGAGCCACAAGACCGUUGUUGCCGCUAAAACUACCCGACUGGGCACUUCAAUCCGGUCAGGUCGAGCGCGGUUUCCUAGUCUUUUCCAUGCGUAUCAAUCGAAAACCGGGAGGCGGGUCGAAUUGGUUUCUCAUGGACUUGUGCAUUCGUGAGGCCCGGUGUAUUUUGAGCCAUCACACGGAAGCGCGUGCUGGUAAAUUCUACGUCAAAGCACGGAUUCAACCGACGGGUAUGAGACAAAUGCAGUCGAUCGUCUCGCUCAAUCAGCUGCACACUCGUGGACCGCAGCAGCACUGUUCAUUUGUACCGGAAAAGUUGCACGCUUUCGGAUUGGGUCGUAGUGGUGUGGGCAUAAGCGCCGGUCGGACACCGAUACGUCGCGCGUUUCGCUCACCCGUGUUCUGGCAUGCGAUCACUCUGGAAAUUCCAAUCAGCCUGUCUGAAUCGUGCAGUUCCGGGCACGUCACAACACAACAUUACGGCUCUCCUUUGUCCUGUGCCGUACGUAAUCCUGCUCGUACCCAGCUGGAGCUGCGAUUGGAUUUGAAGGAACAGAACGCGUUGCCCACGGACGGGCUAUACAGCAGUUCGCCCAGUUUGACCUUGCUUCCACCGUGGAAGAAUUCCCAAGUGCUCGGCUCGGUUCGAAUUCCGUUAACUCAACGGAUUUGGGACUAUUUCCUGCACAAUUCGGAGGAGGUUCUCACACCGGAUGAAACCCUGUCAAAUCAAGCCACGGCUGAUAGAUCUGAGACACCGGGGAGCGGGGGAGAGACCGCCGUCGAACUGAAACCUCGCGUGUUACGUUUUGUACGUAGACUGGAAGUCCCGUUUCAGGAGGCUGAGGCUCGAGGUGACUUGACAAUCGGUCUGCAAUACAAUCCGGAAACUGCUCGUCUAACACUGAACCCCCUGAAAUGUAGCGGGGUCGUAUUUCCAAAAGGAACCAAGAACAUCUUCCUUCGGGCUGCUCUCAUCUCCAAUCGCAAACUGAUUGCUUCACAGCAAUCCAAUCCGUCUGCUCGGCUCACUCUGAACGCGGCUGAAUUUCUGCUCGGAGAAAGACUCCAAUUCGUGGUGGAAGAACAUCUGAGUCAAGUGUGCCUUCUGCUGAGCGUGUUUGCUCGGUCCACGGGCAAACUGCAAGACAGUAUUACCUUGUUGGGUCGUUGUGUGACUGGACCGAAUGGCCUGGCUUACGGGGAGGGAUUGGCUCAUUGGCAGGCUAUUGUAAUUCGUCGCAGUAUGGUCAAACGAACACACGUGCUGUUUUGA